UCUGCUAUUUAAGUUUGCACAACGGUGCAUUUGCCCAACACCAAUUGAGAAGAAGAAAAUCAGUAUCUAUGGGAACGCCAUAAUGGAGAGGUAUUUAGAAGAAGACAUUCAAUCUGGUUUGAGGUAAGCUUUAUCCAUUAUUUUAAAUUUGGGUUUAUUCAUUAUUGUUAUUACAUACUCAGUAUAGUACGUCCCGGACCCUCAAGUGUUGUGCUUGGAAGAAUGGUUGGGCUAAUGUCAAUCCUCCAUAUGUAUUACGUAUAUCUGGGCCACUUAUUUCUGGAGGUGUUUACAUAGGUUCAUUUGUGUGUCUCUACAUAUGUCGAAAUAUACAACACUUAUUUAUUCACACAAAAAAAACUGUGUAUGUAUUAUAUCUGCUCUACACGAAUGGAAGGUCAAACUUUAAAUUAUGGCUCCGGAGUCCACACCGGCGAAACAAUUGAGGGGUGAGCCGGUGCUGGCACCCCCUCGCCGGAAUAGUUUAGGCAUAUGUAUAGUUAAUAUUUUUAUUUGUAUAUAGUAUACCAACUUAUAUACUGCUUGUGUUCUAUAGUUUUAAUAUUAUUUGUAUGUUGUUAUUAGUAUUAUUAUUAUUCAUAUUUUUCUUUGUGUAAAUAUUAGACAUUGGAAAUGGGUAGUUCUGUUGAACGAGCCAUUUGGUCGAAUCAGGACACCAAAAUAUUUCUGGAGAUAUGCAUUGAAAUGAAAGCAGGAGCAAAGUCACAAAAGACAAAUUGGGCUAAAAUUGUUCAAAACUUAAAUCUAGCAACCGGUAAAACAUAUACGGAUAGGAAAGUUAGGAACAAGUAUGAUGACUUGAGAGCACUUUUCAAAUUUUGGAAUGAAAUGGAGUUGAAGUGGACUGGCCUAGCUUUUGAUCCUGGAACUGGUGUCCCAUUGAUCGAGCAAGAUGAUAGAUGGGGAGGUUUUGUAGAGAAACAUAAAGGAGUACCAAACAGAUUCUUGAAGAAACCUUUGGCCCAUUUGAGUUUACUCCGUAGCCUUUAUAGUGGCUCAUUUGCAAGUAGCCAGUACAGCUACUCACCGGCAUGUGAAACCGGUAAGAAGCUACUUCGAAAAGAACGUCACAACACCGGUGAUAAAGGCAGUGGCGACAGUGAUGACAGUGAGUCAUAUCAGGUGCACUAUGAACAUGAAAUAUCUGAUGAAGGGAGUAAAAGUCCCCCAACCUCAUGUUCAAAGGGGAAGCGAAAAAGUGCUGGAAGUGUUAGUUCUUCCAAGAAAGCUAGGAGUGAUAUCCAAAAAUGUUUAGAUAUCUUGAAAAUGUCUAUCAAAAAUGUUAGGACCUGAAGAAUUCUUUUGAAUCGUAUAACGUCGAUCAUAUAUACAAGCUUGUUGUGGAGUUAUCCAGAUGAUUUUGAGCCACACGAAAGAAAUGCUUUAAUGAGUGAUUUGACAUUUUAUCAUGCUCGUGUGGUCAAAGAUUCUCAAUUUCAAGUUCUCACUCUUGCAAAGUUAUGUGAAAUGCUCGUGAAAACAAGAAAGGCUGAGGACUUUAAACUGAUUACAAGUUUGAUACGUCUUGUAUUAACAUUACUAGUUUCUACUGACACAACUGAGAGAGAUUUUUCGGCAAUGAAGCAUGGUCAAGAAUGCAAUUCGAAACAAGAUGGUUGAUGAAUAUCUUGGUGAUAAUUUGACCAUUUUUAUUAAAAGAGAACUUGUUAGCACAAUAAGUAUAGAUUCUCUUAUCGACGAGUUUGCUAAAGUAAAGGAUCGCCGAGUCCAAUUAAUUUUGUAAACAUAAUGUAUUGUGUUUUUUGGAGUAACAACUUUUGUGAUAAACUUUAAUUAAUUUGAUUAUGAUAUUUAU